GCCUCCUACACGGACCAGUCUCUAGCACCCGUGGGCUGAGUCUGUGAGGUCAACUUCACCAUGGUGUCUCACACUGGAGCCACUGAUGUAGGGGAGUGGGCUGCUAUGCUGAGCUACUCCUUCGCCUCCCUGACCUUGUCCACCUCUCACCCCCGGGGGGAUUAGUGUCCAGGUUACUCUGGCAUGCUGUCACCCCCAGUGGCCUUGCCGCCCCCACAGCCCACAGGUAUAACAAGCCAGGUAGACAAGGUAGGAGAGGCACCGAGAAUGGAGACGCUCCAGGGGCUGCUUCUGUGCCUGCUGCUGAGCAUGGAUGAGGUGUGGGCAUCCAAGGGGCCACUGCGGCCACUGUGCCGGCCCAUCAAUGCCACCCUGGCUGCUGAGAACGAGGCCUGCCCCAUCUGCAUCACCUUCACCACCAGCAUCUGUGCCGGCUACUGCCCCAGCAUGGUGCGGGUGCUGCCUGCUGCCCUGCCGCCUGUACCCCAGCCAGUGUGUACCUACCGUGAGCUGCGCUUUGCCUCUGUCCAGCUCCCUGGCUGCCCGCCUGGUGUGGACCCCAUGGUCUCCUUCCCUGUGGCCCUCAGCUGCCACUGUGGGCCCUGCCGCCUCAGCAGCUCUGACUGUGGGGGUCCUAGAACCCAACCCUUGGCCUGCGAUCACCCCCACCUCCCAGGACUCCUCUUCUUUUAAAGACCUCCCCAACCUCCCAUGUCCACCCCAACUUCUGGAGCCAACAGAUGCUCCAUUCCUCCCCUCCCAAUAAAGGCUUCUCAAUCUGCA